GAUAUAGUAAAUUACUUUAGUUUUAUUAUUUAUUCCAUCAAUAUAUUGUUAAUAUAAAUUAUUAUACAAGCAAUGUCACACAAAUAUCAAAAUGUUAAUGAUUUAUCAACAGUAGAAUUUUCUGAAAAUAAUGACGAAGAUUUAACAUUUUUUUCGUACAUAGACGAAGCAACAAAAGAAUGGCUUAAAUCAUUAGAACAAAUAUGGCAAAUAUGGAAAAAGGGUGAUGUUGUAAAUAAAACAUUGAUAGAAUAUUUUGAUAGUGCACCUAAUCCAUAUUUAAGUACAAUACGAAUAUUAGUAAAUACUUCAGAUUUUAAACAUAUAAAAAAAAAUUCAUCAUUAGCAUUUACAGUUAUAGAAGAAUAUGCAGAAUGGAUAAAAUCAAGAAAAGAAAUAUAUGAACAGUUCCUAGUUCUAGAUUUAAAAUUAGCAACAUUUCAAUUAAUUAUUAAGCAAAAUAAUAUGGAAUUUAUUAAAAUGGUUGCAAGUACAUAUAAGUUUGUAGAACAUAAAGAAGAAUUUCUUCAUAUAAUACAGGAAAUGAUACGAAAAAAGAAAUACAAAGAGGCAGCACAAUAUGCGGUUAUAUUAAAAUUACAAGAAUCUUUUUCAGAUCCAGAAUCUUUAAUAUUACCACUUAUUUUACAAAACAAAUUAACAGUUGUAGAAGAAUUUUUAACUGAUUGUCCUCGUUUACAGGAAGCUUUAGUUUUGUAUUUGGAUAAUUUAAUUGGACCUGAUAAUAGUAUGCAUAACUUGCUAAAUGAAUUAAUUAUAAAAAAUAAAAUACCAGAUGUAAAAAUGUCAAUCACAAAUACAAAACCUAUGGGUAAAUUAAUAGCACGUUUUGUCAAAUUGUAUAAUCUUCCAUCGGAACUUUGUACUAAUUUAAAUAAAAAAAGAUGUGAAGGUGUUUUACAAUAUCUCAUACAUAAACGUUAUAAAGAAUAUAGUUUAAGUACUGAUAGUUGGAGAGAAAUGGUACAAGAUGCAGUAAAAAAUGAUGAAACAUUACAAUUAACUAUGAUAAGAAUGUUACUUAAUACCAAAGAUUCAAGUGAAGCUUUAUAUUGGGCUAAAAAGUUUAAUGUACCUAGAGAAAAAUGGCCAUGGAUACUUUUAUAUGAAGAAGAACAAAAUGAAUCUGAAAAUGUAAAUGAAGGAGCUUCAACUAGCAAAAUAAAUGAUUGGGAAGAUGACAAUGAUCUUAUGAAUUAUUAUGAAUUAAAGCUAUCAAGAGAUUCUAUUAAAAUAAUAAAUAAUCCUUAUAGUUUUGAAGAAUUUCUUGACAAAGGAUUAGAUGGUGUCUCUAUUGUUGGUAUUGAUUCAGAAUGGAAACCUUGUUUUGGUACAAAACAAACAGAAUUAGCUUUAAUACAAAUAGCUACCAAAGAUAAUGUGUACAUUAUAGAUGUAACUACAAUGGGAAAUAAGUUUACAGAAUUAUGGGCAAAAUUAGCCUUAGUUUUAUUUGAAAACAAAAAUAUUUUAAAACUUGGUUUUGGAAUAGCCCAAGAUAUGACUGUUAUACGUAGUAGUUUGCCUGCAUUAUCGAAAAUAAAAAUAUAUGGACAAGGAUAUUUAGAUAUUGUAAAUUUAUGGAAAAAAUUGGUAGAAGAUUAUAAAUUUGUUUUCCCACAUGAAAGUGAUGAUCAAUUUACUAAAAAAAAUUUGAGUAAGCUUGUAGAACUUUGUCUUGGACAAAAACUAAAUAAAUCUGAUCAAUUUUCUAAUUGGGAGCAAAGGCCAUUAAGAGAAAGUCAAAUAAUAUAUGCUGCAUUAGAUGCAUACUGUUUGUUAGAAAUAUAUGCGACAUUAGAAAUUCAAUGUGAACAUUUGGAAAUACCAUUUGAUGAUGCUUGUUUAGAAUUGCAACAUAUUCCAUUUAAAUCAUCAUCACAAAAAAAUAUAAGAAGAUUAGCACAAAAGUCUCAUGUAAGUAAGAACAAAGGAUAUGAUAAACAAGAAAAUUUUCAAAGAGAUUUACCAACACAAAAAUUAAGAAAUUUUAGGAAAUUAAAUUGUCAAAAUCAUAUUUCUAACAAAUCAAUACAAUCAACAUUAUCAAUGAGGAUCAUGAAUCUAAAUGAAUCACAUAAUAUAAAUAAAUCAACAUGUUAUUAUGCAAAACAAAAAGAAUUUCAUGUAAACAAUAAGUCUCUAGAUAUUGAGAACUUUGUAUACAAAAAAAUACACACAUGGCGUGUAGUUUGUGAUUCGAUGUUAGGUGGAUUAACAAAUAAAUUGCGAAUGUGUGGAUGCGAUUGUGUUCAUUUUGCAUUUGAUCAGGGUGGAGAACGAUCUGUUAAACUAGCAAUGCGUGAAAAAAGAGUGUUUUUAACUCGUAAUAAAGGAUAUUUAAAAUUUUUACAAUACAUACCAUCUGAAGAUUGCUAUUUUGUAUUGUCUGACACUCCUGAUGAACAAUUAAGAGAGGUAUUAAAUCACUUCAAAAUUGCGGUUACGCAUAAUGAUAUAUUUAGUCGAUGUCAAGCUUGUAACAGUAAUGAAUUUUCAAAAGUUCGAAAGUCAUUAAUGUAUGAACUUUCGAAAAGUUAUGCUGAACUAACUGGUAAAAAUAAUUACAACAUUUCUUCAAAUCCAUCGUAUCACGAUGAUUCGUAUUUAAGAACAGAUGCACAGAGUAAUGAUUUGGAACACAAUACUAAUUUGAAACACAGUAAUGACGAUCGUCCGUGGAUACUUAACAUAAUAUGUUCUGUGAAUGUCAGUACAUGUUCAACGAAAUAUCAGGCAAGAAUACAAAUUGAUCAAGUACCAAUGAAAGUAUUACAGAAUGUACGAUUUUUUUAUAUUUGUGAUCGAUGUGGAAAGAUUUAUUGGAAUGGAACACAUUUAGAACGUACUCUUAAGAAUUCUAUUAAGGACAUCCUUAUGCCUACUACAUUGAUUUUAAGGAAAUGAAGAAUUAAAUAACGAAGACAUGUUUAAAUUACUAUAUCCCAUUUUAAGAUAUUUAAUAUCUCAGAAAGUUUUGUUUUGGUUAUUAAUUAAUAUUCAUAUUAUAAUCUGCUGAAUUUUGUAUAAACUUUGUUUAAAUAUCAAGAAUAAUAUUUUAUAUAUCUUAUAAAAAUAUACUUUAUACUAUUUUCCAUUAGUUAUAAAAAAAUAUAUUGUAAACAAAAAAAGUAUAAUAAAAGUAUUCCUGUCUA